CCAACGAGUGGGAUUUAAACCCUGUGCGGGGACGGCGCUUCAGUGCUUCGCGAUGACUAUGCCCGACAUGGAGUGUACGGAGGCUUUCCCGUCCAGGAAGAUCCUGAAGCCUGUGGUGGAAAAGCAGCGACGGGAUCGAAUAAACCGGAGCCUGGACGAAAUGAGAGUCCUGCUGCUAAGACUGACCGGGAACCAGAAACUUCAGAAUCCCAAAAUGGAGAAGGCGGAGAUUUUGGAGCUUGCCGUAAUCUAUGUCCAGAAUGUGACACGUAUGAAAACACAUGAACCACCUCGAUGGGUGACACCCGCUGAAAAGUUUUACCUCACUGGAUUUAGAGACUGUUUAGACCGCACCGAAGACUUCAUUCAGGACAUCAGCCCGACAGCCAAAACUCGCUUCUUGGAUGAGCUGCAGACCCACCUUCAGCACCGGUUAAGGUUUCCAAAACAGUUGAACCUGCGUAGCCAAGUAGGUCGACGGGAUGAUGACUUGUCUUCCGAUGGGAAUGCCUCCCCGAACUCAAUUGGUGGUGACGCCAGCCCAUUCCCACCCAUGAGUGGCUCGGAGAGUGGCAGUCCACCAAGUUGGUUGUCUUCAAGCCCACCAAGUUCUAGAGACUUUCAAAAUGACCAUAACCAUAAUAAUACCUAUGUCUGGAGACCUUGGCCUUAGGACAAAGGAAGACCAUUUGGUUCUCUCGCCUCAUAUUUAAUAUUUAAUGUAGAUAAAUUCAAUAUACUACUGUAAGAUGCUGCUGUCAUGAUGGGUGGAUACAUGAUUGAAGAGACCUAUAUUUACUUAUAUACAGUAUCUGUAUGAGUUCUAUAUGUUGUGCAUAUGUAUUUAUGUUUUCUCAAUGUAAAAAUACCUUGCUGUUGGACAGCACUUUGUGUA